AUGAGUGCUAACCGAAUGAUCCAUUAUUCAAUGUAUUUUCUUCUGUUGACUUUCCCUUUAUCCGUAAUUAGUUACAAAUUAAUUGAUCACAACAUUCAAGGCGAAAUCGCACCCGGUUGGGAAUUUGUCUCCGAUCUUUUUCAAGAUAAUUUUAUCAAAGACCGAGAUUUAGGAGCAUCAGUGGCAAUAUAUCACCAAGGCAAACCAGUCGUUAGUCUCACAGGUGGAUGGUUUGAUGAAUCAAAGACAAAACCUUAUGAUAGCGCAGCAUUACAAAUAGUUUUCUCAACAUCGAAAGGAAUUGUCGCUGCCGCUGUCGCUCUUGCUGUUCAACGAGGUUUACUCAACUAUUCCGCAUUGGUUACUGACUAUUGGCCUGAAUAUGGACAAAAUGGAAAAGAAAACACCACACAAUCUCCGGCGUGGUGGCCUGGAACAGCUCAUAAUUAUCAUCCGUUGACUUAUGGUUGGCUUGCUGGCGAACUUAUUCGACGUGUUGAUCGAAAAAGACGUUCGUUGGGGGAAUUUGUUCACGAGGAAAUAUCAUCUCCAUCAAAUCUUGAAUUUUACAUCGGUUUGCCUUCUGCACAAGAACAUCGUGUGUCUCCACUUGAAUUUAACCAAAUCACAAAAGACUUUCAGAACGCAUCAUUAGAUGAAUCUAUAAAUUUCUUUAAUGAGGCUCAUUUACAUCAAGCUGAAAUACCAGCUGCCAAUGGUAUUACAAAUGCUUGGUCAGUUGCACGAUUCUACGCCUUAUUGAUUGGUGAUGUCGAUGAUGGAAGGUAUCGACGAAUUAUAAGUGAAGAUAUUUUGAAAAUCGCAACGAAAUCCAAUACGCCUUAUGUGGAAUUAGAUUCCGUGUCACAAUCAUCGAUAUCGUUCGGAAUGGGUUUUAUGAAUUUUGAUCGAAUUCUUCCUCGGUUGGGUUCUGGAAGUUUUGGCCAUUUUGGAGCGGGUGGAAGUAUUGGUUUAGCUGCACCAGCAUACAAUCUUUCUUUCGCUUAUGUGAUGAAUCGAUUAGAUGCAACCGUCGCAGGACUCAACAAUCGAAUAGAACCUAUACUUACGAAAGUUGCGGAAAAACUCAAUCAAUGA